GUGCUUGUGUGCCUCUCCUUCUUCUUGCCCGUUUGGGUUGCUUUAUAGCAAUUUGGGUAUUAAAAUGCAUGCAAAGGGGCUGGGGGUUCCUGGCCUCUGCUGUUGCAUCCGUUUCUUUCCUUAACCAGGAGGAGCAGGAGGAGGUGGCUGGUCGGAAGGAGGGAAGAAUGAGGGGUCCAGAUGGAGUAAGAAGGGAAGAAAGAAGGAGAGAAGCCCAGCUGAAUCCUCCAGGGAGAUUUGGAGCAGUCUCUCAGCCAGAUCGUAUUCUUAGAGGACCGGGCCACUGUGGGGAAGAUCCAGGGUGUGCUGUCAAUGGCUGGAGGGGGAUCUGAAUUUUAGGAUGCUUAUGAAGCCAGAUGUCGGUAGACUGGAGACAAGCAAAAGGAAGGACUAGUUUUGCACACUCAUUCUGAGCCUCAUGGAAGCAGCCCCGCGCCCCCCCCAGGGCUAAGACCCGAUGGCUUUCUGGAACCCUUCAGUUUUGCCUUUCUGAUGUGACUGCCUCAUUGGGCAGUGUGGCAGAACAGCAGCCUGUAGACUUUUGCGGGCCCACGAAGUAGCAUCCGACCUCCUCCCGCUGCCCUCCAAAUUCUGCCUUUACCCCCGAGAAACGAGAGAGAAUGAGAGCAGAACAAGGAGACCCGUUGGCUGUAGGUCUGCAGUUGGAGGCCGCGCUGGAGCACCAAGUGAAGACGGAAGACUUGCAAGACUUGGUCGGCCACAAAGCGGUGGCCGUGGACCCAUCUGCCGCCCAGGCUGGGAGCAGUAGAGGAUGCUGGGAAAGAAACGGAGCAGCGGUUGUCCUGAGCAAAGAGGAUGUGAUCCCCUUAGACGCGCCUCCUCAUCGGAUGCUGAAACCGGCUUGGCCCACAAAGGAGCAACCCCUGGCUGAAGAAAUUCAGAGCUUCGUGGCGAGGUUGAGUGACGGGGAGGCUUGUGUCCCAACCACUGGCCUGGCCAAAGAUUUCCUCAUGAAGAAGCAAGAAGAUGAUCAGGUGGCAUUCAUGGACGUGGCUGCUGACUCCCCCCAGGCAGGGGCUCCAUCAGACAUUUUGCAGAGGACCCUGUUCAGAGUGAUGGCGCAGGAAAAUGAUGGCGACAUAGAUUUUCCUGGUGGAGAGCUGUUUGCUGAAAUAAGUCGUGGCUCAUCUUCAUUUUGUGCUGGGGUAGAAACAGAUGCUAUGGAUUCCGAUCAGGGGCCUGUGACCUUUGAGGAAGUGGCUGUGCAUUUCACGGAGGGGGAAUGGGGCCUGCUGGACCCAGACCAGAGAGCCCUCUACAGGGACGUCAUGGUGGAGACCUAUGGGAAUGUCGCCUCUCUGGAAGGGCCUCCGGUUCCUAAACCUGAUCUCAUCUCCUGGUUGGAAGAAAAGGAAGAGGUAUUUGACCAGAGCUCCGAAGAAGGAGAACAACAAACAGUGGCCAAUCUCUGGGGGAGCGAACACAGUGGGGGACCGGCUGAAGUGGCUCCGAAAGGGAGUGAGAGGGAAGAGGCGAAGGAAAACGUUGGAAAUGGAAGAGGAGCCGAGACCCCCGAGGGAAGUCCGCUGAGAGAAACGUGGCAGAAGGAAUCAGCCGGUAGCGUGACUGGGACACCCCUCAGCAUAGAGGACUCUCAAGAGGAAGGCCUUUUGUCAGGAGAGCCACUCGAGGAACAACCAGGAGGAUCCCAAGAGGGCAUUUCUUUUGUGACUGAAGCUGCAGAGAGUGAUGGCUGGGAGAGUGAGAGUGAAUGGGAACCAUACGGAGUGUUGUCGGAAGAUACAGAGGAGGAAGAUAAUGUUGGGGAUCAAGGAGGAUUAGAGAGAAACGAGGACGACCAAACAGAAGACUGGCGGAAUAAACCCAAUUGCCAGGGCAGCGACUUCAACGGGUUGCCAGCUCCGGCGAAAGUUUACAAAGGCAAAAGAAAAAAUCAGUGCAAGGUUUGCGGGAAGAGCUUCACGCGCAAGGCGAGCCUUAAGGUGCAUCAGAGAAUCCACACAGGGGAGAAGCCCUACAAGUGCACUGUCUGCAGCAAAGGCUUUUGCGACAAAACCAGCUUUCUUAGACAUCAGAGAAUCCACACGGGCGAGAAGCCGUACAAAUGCCCGGAGUGUGGGAAGAGCUUUAACCGGACCACAAAUCUUAUUACGCACCAGAAGACUCACGUGGAAACCAGGGAGAAGACGUUCCACUGCUCGAGCUGCAGCAAGAGCUUUUACAACAAGUACAGCCUCAAGACUCACUGGCGCAGCCACACGGGGGAAAAGCCGUACAAGUGCUCCAGCUGCAGCAAGAGCUUCUGCGACAAGUCGAACCUGGAGGCCCACUGGCGGGUGCACACGGGUGAGAGACCCUUCGAGUGCACGGAAUGCGGAAAGAGCUUCAGCGACCGCAGGACCCUCCUCCGACAUCAGAGAAUCCACACCGGGGAGAAGCCCUACAAAUGCACGGAAUGUGGGAAGAGCUUCAACGAUCUGGCCACGCUGCUCCGGCACCAGAAGAUCCACACGGGCGAGAAGCCGUAUCGGUGCACCGAGUGCGGGAAGAGCUUCAACCAGAGCUCUCACCUCAUCCGCCACCAGAACACGCACGACGCCCAGCGCCACAAGGGCCGGUCGUCGCGCAAGGGCAAGGCUGCGGUCGGAGCCAAUAUCUUUUUGGACAUCACUCAGAGCUUCACUCCAGAGAGCAUCGGCUUCACGCAAGAGAACUAUUAUGGAUACACUCACCCUGCGGAAACUUUUCACUGGCCCAUUCCGUCUUACGCCCCCUCGGCGGACGCCGGAGAAGGAGGGGUGCCCAACCUGUGGACAAUUGAGGAGACUUCCGUCGGAGAUCAAGCCAUCUUAGUCAUGAAAGAGCUAACCGAGGACAGGACCUUGACGCUGUGAAUGAUGCUCAGAGUAGGGAAGGAGCCUCAUCCAGGCCUAUGGCCAAUGAGUAAGAUUGCCUGGUCAAGCAAGAAAGCCAUGCUUUAGACAUUCUUGAAAAUAAGCAUGUUUCAAAGCAGAGAUACAUCGAUCCAAGAUCUGACUGACAGGAGCUCUGUUUGAAUCUUUAGGCAAAGGAUCUUCGGAAAGGGAGAUCCAGCUCUGCAAGGGAGAUUGCUCGCAUUUCACAGCUAUGCCCACUUCCUGCUUGACUUAAGAGGAGAGAUCUAUAAUUAUUGACCAGAGAACAGGGAUUCUCAAAGAGUACAUUUUUGGGUGUAUGCCUUCCAAAAAAAAGGGAAGAG